GAAACAAUGUAUUAUUUUGCUGUUGUUUACCUUGCGUUUCGAUCGGGGAAGAAUUGAUUUGGUGCGGAUUUUGACAGUUGGUUUAAACGGGUGGAAAUUUUUGUUGUAAGGAUUGCAUGGGGAUGACGAUUGAGAGAUUUUGGAUCUGUUAACACAGAAGCUGGAAGAUAAAAAUCCUGUUUUUGUCCGAAUAAUCUUGCGCAGAUUUGGUACAAAACAUUUGGGUACAGAGUACUUGUGUCGUAAGGGGCAAUUGUAUUUUUUUGAGAGCACAAAUCUUUUUGUGCAAGUUACCGAGAAAUCUGUGCAAACUGAAGAAAUCCCGAAAUUUUGUUCAAACUCAGAAGUCACAGCAGCCUAAUUCAAACUUAGAACAGUCCAUCUCCAGCUAAGUCUUUCUUUUUUAUUUUCUUCCCUUUUUCCUUCUGAUAAGCCCGGAUUGACCAAAAUCUCCCAUAUACUGAUAAGUUCUAGUUGGGAUCGGGAGAUUUGAGUUUUGUCAGGCAGAUUUAUUUGGUAUCCAUAAUUGUUCUGUUAUAUUGAAAUGGGUUGUUAAGGAGGUUCAGGGGAUCUGUAAUUAAUUAAUUAGGAAGAUGGGCUCAAUUUGUCAUGAGUUUAAUCAAGAGGGACAGAGCACUUCACAGUUUCAUGUAUUGGCUGUGGAUGACAGUAUUAUAGAUCGAAAAGUUAUAGAGAGGCUGCUCAAAAACUCUUCCUACAAAGUGACCACUGUUGAUAGUGGGAGAAGAGCUCUAGAGUUUCUUGGAUUAUGUGACAACGACAAUGCUGUCAAUAACAAUGAAUUGAAGGUGAAUAUGAUAAUCACAGACUAUUGUAUGGCAGGAAUGACAGGCUACGAGUUGCUUAAGAGAAUUAAGGAAUCAUCAAAGCUGAAGGAGAUUCCUGUCAUUAUAAUGUCAUCGGAAAAUGUACCUUCACGGAUGACCAGAUGUCUGGAGGAAGGAGCAGAAGACUUCAUAUUGAAGCCUGUGAAGAUAUCAGAUAUAAAAAGAUUAAAAAGUUAUGCACAGAAAGGAAGAUAUUGCCUGGGAGGCAUCAACUGACAGCCAAAAUGAUUAUAAAGUCCAAAUAUACUUUAUAUAUAUUGUCUUAGGAUUACAGUUCUAUGUAAGACUAUACAGAAUUUUCAGGCCUGAACUUGCAAUUUUGUUAAGAUGAAGGAAAAAAAUUCAAUCUCUGAGAUUUCUGUAUAUAUAGCGGUGAUUAUAAUGCAAAAAAUUUAAG